AUGGCCGACAAGGACCAUCCUCGAACCUCAUUCACCGAAGACGUCGAUGAAAGGCAGCUGUCCAAGGGGGGCAUAGGGCCGCCCCUAAAACCAGCCUCUCUGGCCGCACUUUCAGAAGAAGAAUGCGCCAAAAUCGGUCGGAGGGCGACAUUGAAGCUGGAUGCCAUGAUCAUGCCGUGCAUGGUUAUCAUGUAUGUCUUCAACUAUCUCGACCGACAGAACAUCGCCGCGGCAAAACUCGCGGGCAUCGAAGACGACCUCAACAUCUCGGACGUGGAAUACCAGACCUGCGUCCCCUCGAAUAUGAUCGUGGGCAAGAUCCGGUGGCCUGGUAUCUAUAUCUGCAUUGCAAUGGCCAUCUGGGGCCUCGUCUCAGCCCUUACUGCUGUAACUCAUAGUUCAGCUGGGCUUAUGGCGUCUCGUUUCUUCCUCGGGUUUAUAGAGGCGGUCUUCUUCCCCGGUGCUUUGUUCUACCUGUCUCUAUUCUACACCCGAAAGCAGUUUGCCCUACGGACGGCAAUCCUGUACUCAGGCUCGCAGCUCGGAAAUGCAUUCGGCGGUCUUUUCGCUAUUGGAAUCUUGGAGCUGGAUGGGAAAAACGGCAUUGCAGGCUGGCGAUGGCUCUUCCUAAUCGAAGGAGUGCUUACUAUCGGCUUGGCCAUUAUAAUCGGCUUUAUCCUCCCCAACAAACUAACAAGACUGAAAGGCUUCACGGUAGCAGAACAGGACUGGCUCGUGUGGAACUUCGAGGCAGACCAAGGACAGCAAGACAACGCAGACGAAAUCAGUGCGAAGAAGGGUGUCUGGAUGGCCGUGGUGGACCCAAAGACAUGGCUUCUCAUGUCAACCUUAUAUUCUAUUUACAUUGCAGGUGCCGUCAGCAACUUCUUCCCUUCGGUGGUUGCUACGCUGGGAUACGGUCGGAAUGAGACAUAUGCUUUGACUGCGCCUCCUUAUGUCCUCUGCGUGAUCGUUAUGAUAAUCAACGGGUUCCAUUCAGACAGGAAACAAGAACGAUACUGGCAUAUCGUAUGUCCAAUGGUAAUAUGCCUAGCCGCGAAUAUCAUUGCCGUCGCCACCCUGAACACAGUCGCACGAUACGUCGCAAUGAUGCUAAUGCCCGCCUCGUUCUACGGGGCCGCCAUCGUCGUCCUAUCCUGGAUAACCGCCUCGCUAUCCCAGCCCAGCGUUAAACGCGCGUCCGCAAUCGCCUUGAUCAAUGCAGUCACCAAUACUCCGAAUGUGUGGUGCUCCUAUCUCUAUGGCGCCCCACCCCGGUACUUGGCUGCCUUUGUGGUGAAUCUGGCUGCAUCAGCCAUGGCUAUUGUUGCAGCCACGGCAACCAGGGUUUAUCUCAGGCGCCAGAAUCAGAAACUGGAUAGUGGGGUUGAUAUUGGGCGCAGUGGACCCACGGCUGCUCAGAAGGCUGCUGGGUUUCGGUAUACUCUGUGA